AUGAGGGAUGUGGAGAAACUAUUUGAGGGUUUAAUUAAAGAAAUGAAAACAGAAUUCAAUAACAUUUCACAUGUUUGUUUAACGACAGAUUGUUGGUCAGUUUUUCAUAGGGCAUUAUAUGGGUGUGACUUUGACUGGCUUGACCCAAUAAACCUCGUAAAGUCAAGUAAAGCUCUUGCAUGUUGGCGUAUGUUUGGCAGAUAUACAUUUGAAAACAUAGCUGAGCUCCUGGAUAAAAUUCUAAAUGAAUUCAAUUUGCAAAAAAAGACCACACUUAUCGUCACUGAUAAUGCUGCUAAUUUUGUGAAAGCCUUUAGGAUUAUUUAUGGAAAUGAUGAUAACAACGAUUUGAUUGUAAAUGAAGAAGAAAUUGCUUUUUUUUUUAGAAUUACUAGUAAAUCUAUGAAAGUUGUUCAGAAAUUACAAUAUUAA